CUACUAUGUACCAGGCACUGUUAUGAACACUCUUGUCCAUGUCCCCUCUGACUUCAGAGCACACACUGUUAUUAUGGACCUGAUAGUCACAGAGUCUGGGAGGGAAGCCAGGAGACCGGCAGGAGGCCGGGCCCUUCCUACCAGAUGACCUUUGGUCACUGCUUGCUUUUGAUGUGGAUGACAGGGCCGGGGAAUUCUGCCCCUCCUUCCAUCUCAUUGUUCUCCCUCUGGGGAUUGUGGGUUGAGGGGAGAAGAGCAAAACCUCAGAGCCCCGUCUCCAGGAACUCCGUCCCAUCCUGUUCCCCACGCACACCACGGGGCCUGGAGGAGGAGACCUUCUGUGCGUGGUUCCCGGACAAAACGCGACAUGGGGUGUCCUUUGGACGCCGGCUCCCGCCACAGCCCUGCCUGGAAGAUGGUGCUUUUAACAGGCACCCUGCUCGCCUCCUGCACCUGUUCUACCUCCCCCGAGCUGCCCUUCUCCGCGCAAUUGGAUCCCUUGACCGAAGGAGCCAGUGUCCACCUGCCUGUCCCCGGUAGCCUGGAUGACGUCCUCACCACUUCGUGGUUCCGAGGGCAUGAAGCCCAGCCCGCAGCCAUGAUAUUCUCCCCCGAGGGCCUCCCAGGACCCGCUCACACUGGCCGGGAGAUGCUGGACACCCAAGGCAGCCUGGUCAUCAGAAAUGUGACGGCUCAGGACUCGGGCAGCUACACGGUGGUGCUGGAAACCAGCAGGGGACGCAGGAGUGCAACGGAGCGGAUCCAUGUCAGAAACAGCUUCAAGUCAGUGCCGCUGCGGACAUUCCCACAAGCUAUUCAGGGCGUCAUCGAGAGCGACCUCAACUACUCGGUGAUCCUGGAGUGGGUGACAACAAUGACCCCUGAGCCUGUGCUGAGCUGGACCCUCAAUGGGGAGUUCUGUGGGACCGGGGAGAGGCUGUUCCUCCGGCGGUUGUCCCAGGAGCAGCUGGGCACCUACGUGUGCACGGCCACCAGCAGUGGGGUGCAGCUGUCCUCCCAGCCUGUGACUGUCAUGCUGCCACAAGCCAUCGUGGAGCCCACGGACGCUGAGCCCAUCGAGCCAGACCCCACUCUCGCGCUGUCGGGGGCGCCUGCCAUCGGCCUCCUCGUGGCCGGAGUUCUGGGAGGCCUGGUCCUGAUGGGGGCCGCGGGCUCACUCCUCAUCCGCCACUAGAGAUGGGAACUCAACGCUUCUCCAUCUACCUGGAGAAAGACACCAGCCCAUGGCUUCCAAGACCUCAGCACCUCUGUUCCAGGGAACAGCCCGACUAGACUCCCUUCGCCCUGUUUCUGAAAUGCCUGAAGAAAGUGUCUGAUGGACUCACUUGGUGCCAUCCUUGGUCCCAUCCCCGUGGCCAGGAGUAGGGCAGGGGGACGUGUCGUGCAAGGAGAGCCCCGGGGGUCCAGCUCUGUCAGGGGGAGGGGGCCUCAGAGCUCAGAAAACAAGGGGGAGGCUCUGCCCUGCAAGCAGGCGGACCCCAAAGUAUGUCUUCUACGCACGCAGCUUAGUUUUGCUCCUUUGCAAAAAGCAAAAGUUUCUGAAUGAUUUCUGACGGAGGCUGUCUUCAUGAGAAGUUGGGGAGGUGGCCCGCAGAAAUCCGUGGCACGUUUGUGGAUGAGAUCAACCGUUUGGUUUUGAGCUUCUCGAGUUUGACACCCCAUUUGCUGGAGGACCCUGACGGGUGGCAGGCACAGGGGACACGAGUGUGGGUGAACAACGCAAAGCCACCUGACACGGCGUGUGAUUAGCACUAAUAGCAGCUCUGGUGGCAGAUCUGAGUCCAGGUCGUGCCUGUUGAAGGCUCUCCACGUGCCAGCCACUGGCUAUGCGCCUUCUGUGGUCCCACGUUCCUUGUCCCCACGGAGGAGAGGAGAAUGCACCCCAGUUCCACAGACAAAGCAGGGGAGGCUCAGAGAACACGUGAGUGACUUGCCCAGGGUCACACAGAUAGAACGUGCUGGAGCUGGUGUUCAAACCGGGCUGCUUGGCUCUGAAAUCUGCUUGCCAAUCACCCCACUACCCUGUUGCUUCUUCCGUGAAACCAGAACACCCUCCCCUCCUCUGUGUCGCGUAGAUGUCACUGUGCUCAUGUGCAUAGGAUAAAAGUGAGGUUCAGAGAGGGGAAGCGACUUGCCCAAGAUCACACAGUCAAACGUGAUGCCAACUCAAGUCUGCCCAAUCCCAAAGCCCGUGUCCAGACCGGCACCAUCCAACAGGACUCUCUGCGGUGACAGAAACGUCUCAUGUCCAAUGUCGCUGUCCAAUGCAACACCAUCCAAUACAUGUGGCAGUUGAGCCCUUGGAAUGUGGAUAGUGAAACUAAGCAACUGGAUUUUAAGAUCUUCUUUUAUUUAUUUUUUUUUUAUUUUUAGAGGUGGGGGUCUCACUAUGUUGCCCCGGCUGGUCUU